GCGCCCCGCUCACAAACUCGGAGCUCACUCACAGUUGAGCACCGGACUUGUCGCCCGCCAGUUGUUUGGAAAGUGUCGUCUGCUAGCAGUUCGGAAAGUGUAGUCUGUUAGUAUUUCGGAAAGUGUUUUCCGAGGGUUGUUCCGACACUGUAACGCCUUUGGCAAAUAACGCUCGAGUUUUCGAAGUGCGCUUUCGAAAGUUUGGAUGAUGUAAAUACUUGGAAAAGUUAGGGUUGUGCUUUUGAUAUGCCACAUAGGGAACAGAUGUUUGCUUCGGCAAGUUGGAUACAUGUGUUCCGAUGCACUUGAAACAUGAGCGAUGUUGUGUGCUGUGGGCAGCGUUUCCGUCGUUAGUCUGGUCAUGCGUGUUCAAGGAAGGUGAAUUCGACCUUCGACUUCAUCCAAGCUGCUCAGUUUGUUCUAAACCUCCUCCCGAGGAAGACAUCUUCGGUACUAAUGGCCACUGAUGGAACGUAGGACUUCUUCCCGUGGCACUUCACAUUCACACGGAAGAACACAAUCCGAAAAUCGGAUGGUCGCAGCGCAGGCCUUCUGACCAGCAGAUAAGCGCCGUCUCCAAGUCAGCUCCAUUGCUCCAUAGCACGUGGUCACGUGGUCCUCGGACGGGGAAUGGACGUCGUCCUAACGACGCGUAAAGGGCGCAUGGAUUCGGCUUUGGCGAAAUUUCACGGCAAAAUCUCUCGACUGACAUCUCAAAACUGACACCACCAGAUGGAUGACUUGACGACAGUCCCUUCUCUCUUGGACCCCGUGGUGCUCCUACCGGACCCUCCAGAGUCCAGGAAUGGCUCCAUCGCUCAUAUCCUCCAAUCACUCGGGGACAAGCAAGACCCUCUGGCCACUGCCAUUCCCAUGUCUCUAGUCUACUCCGUUCUACUUGUCUCAGGAAUUAUCGGCAAUGUCUGCACUUGCAUUGUCAUCGCUCGCAAUCGCUACAUGCAUACCGCCACUAAUUACUACCUCUUCAGUCUGGCUGUGUCAGACCUGCUCCUUCUAGUCCUAGGGUUACCGCAAGAGCUGUACCAGAUCUGGGAACGGUACCCGUACGUGUUCGGCGAGGCCUUCUGUAUUCUGCGGGGCUUCAGUUCGGAGACGUCGACAAACGCGUCGAUACUGACCAUAACCGCGUUCACCAUAGAACGGUACGUGGCCAUAUGUCAUCCCCUACGAGCUCACACCAUGUCCAAACUCUCGCGAGCAGUGAAAUUCGUCGUCGCCAUCUGGCUGCUGAGCGCAGCUUGUGCCGUACCGGUUGCGGUACAGUUUGGUGUAGUGUAUUUACAGUUUCGCGGAGUGGUGCUGCUGGAAAGCGCCGAGUGUAGGGUGAAGGAACCGCUGAAGCACGCCUUCGAGCUGUCCACUUUCCUCUUCUUUCUGCUGCCGAUGGGUGUGAUUUUGGUGCUCUACGUCUGCAUAGCGCUUCAGCUGAAGAGAUCAAAUGCUCUGUCCAAGAGAGCGAUGGAACACAAGUGUCCCGUUGUGGUCAAUGGCAAGUGUCCAGAGACGCAAAAGGUGAACAGCGAGGGGCUUCUUCAGGCACCUUCCAAGUUCCACAGGGGAUGCCAGCUACGAAAGUCCACAAAGGGUGGUAGCCCCUCAGCGUCUCGGAAAGCCGUCAUCAAUAUGCUGAUCGCUGUCGUGGUGGCUUUCUUCCUGUGCUGGGCACCCUUCCACGCUCAGCGUCUCAUGGCCGUAUACGUCACGUCCACCACCCCGGCGCUGGAGACGGCCUUCCACGCCCUCACCCACAUCUCGGGAGUGACCUAUUACGUCAGUGCCACCAUCAACCCUAUACUCUACAGCAUCAUGUCGCUCAAGUUUAGACAAGCCUUUCGAGACACCCUGAUGCGGUGUUGCGGCCGUCGCGUCCCGCGGCACGAGUGGACGUCCGCUGACGGCUACGUGUCAAACCACCACCCGCACACGACGCCAUCUUCCGUGUGACACGCCGUAUCGUGGAACAGUUCAAGUGCUCUCGUCAACACGGGGUAUAUAGUCAGUGGCGCUUUAUGGUCGACGGCCGGUGAAGUUAGACAUAUAGGUUUCUCGCAAACGCUCUUAUACCAGCGCUCUUACAGUCUAGUCUACAGGGUUCCCCGAUGAGUCCUUCGUACGAUCUACUAGACUGCAUACCGACCACAGCAAGCAUCCGCGUAGUAGUGUUGGAACUUGGUUAUCACUUAUUCCGCGUUCCACCGUACGCGCGUCAAAUUCACCACGGCAGUCCCUCAAGAAAGUGAUGCUAUCUGUCCCAGCUGACCACAACAAUGUGGAAAGAACGUUGUGUUGUGGUUAAACGGAACAUAUAGCCCAAGCAGCACAUCUUGGCCCAAUGUUGGCUGGACAUUGGCAAUACUGGCCUGAUAUAAGACUAACAUUGGGCUAGUAUUGUCAAUAUCCUGUUGUGCUGGUAAGGAGACAUUGGACUGCCAAGUAUAUGACGACAUAUUCCCUGAGUCUGGCACGAAAUUAUAGGGACGGGGACAAACAGAUGGACAGAACGAGACUCAAACCAGCAAUAAAGAUUUAUUUUCACGUAAACAUACAGAGAGAGAGAGCACAGACAAGACCUGGGGUCCAGGCUAUGUGGGACAUCGAUCAGGGAAUCGCCAAUGACUAUGACACGGUAUCUUUACAGGAAAUACGGUUCGCAGAUUACCGCUUAGAGGUUCCCUCCUUAUUUCCACUUAGCCUGGACCCCAGCUCUUGUCUCUGUUCUCUUUGUAUGUUUGGGUGAAAAUAGACUCGUCCUGUGCACCUUUUUUUCCCAAUUUUCUAGCGUCGCCCCAGACUCAAGGAAAUGUUGCCAUUAACUUAUACCAGCUCGCUUGCGUCUUAUCACUAUGCUUGACUUUUCAAGAUAUGCUUCUGCAAAUUUUGCAAGUCAUGCACCGGUCCCAUCUUCUCGUGAAGCGAGUUCGUGUAUACUCCAGACAUAAGCCCUGUCUAAAAUUGUCGACGUCUCAUGCCCUUCAGUAAGUCAUUUCACGUGAUUGAUUAAGGAGCUUUGGUGCGAGCGACGUGACAUCGACUCUCACGGUCAAUCUACUAGAUCAUCACUGGAGAGGAGGGUAGGCGAGAAGGAAAGUCCGAGCACUCUACGGGAGAAUGUCUCAGCUCUAUAUAGUCUCAACCGUGUACAGUGAGGAGCUCGGCACGUCGGUCACGAAUAUCGGCUGUUGGAAGCAGCUUUAACUGCCCUCCUCUUUAGAUGCUCGGAAUUGCUGGAAGUGUUAGCUGUGUAGCUGCGGCGUUCGUGUUAUUUAUUUAGUUUUUGUCACAUUAGUGUCCUGGAGAGGGAAGACAUCGGACAACCGUCUCCGCUGUUUGUUUUCUACAAAACGUGUCAAUUACAGAAAUUUGUUAUUCGCCUACGAAUGUCCAUGCACCAUCCGAUGCCUGUGCAACUCUACACACAGAAAAAUAACCGUUGUUCAAGAGUUCUUCAUCGUGCUAGAACCUUUCUCUGAACUUUUCCUAUCUUCGAGAACGAAAGCAUGGCUAAGAAUAUCCUGGCGUCCUAAUGAAAGAACUGGUGUUCUGAGGCUGGAACAACACAGAAGGGACAAAUACAUACAACGCCUCAAUUUGCCUAAGAAAUUAACGAUGAAAGAUGAAAGUCACUGAAAAGUUUAGCUAGCUGUAGGACUCGAACCCACAUCUUCUGGCGUCCUACUUCUGAAGAACGUUUCCGCGGUGAAAAAUACGGACAAGCCGAAGAACUUUAAAAAGUUCUUUCUCGAACGGUUAUUUUUCUGAGUGAUACUGGGGAUAUAUUUUUUUAAUUUACUCGUCAACUUAUCUACUGGGAUACUGGGUUGCUGCGUGGUUUGCCCAGUUGAGUAUAAGACGUACUUGACGAAGAUAAAACUGAAGCAAUGAAACGGAAUUACACGAACAGACCGCAAGUGCGUAUAUACCAAUUCUUCCGUAACUCAGUGGCGCGCAUAUUAGAGCUUAGAUAAUACAGCGUAAGUGCAGGCAAGCUGGUGGAUCAAUUUCAUAUAGUUGAAGAAACCUAGCUGAGCUUGGACACUAUAGAAAGAACGACCGUGUGUGUGUGUGUGUGCGUCUGUCAUUCUUCCUAUAGUGCUCAUGCUUUUUCAAGUUAUGGAAUAUUAGAGCUUCCGUCUCGCGAUUUCAAAUUACGUCUGAGCACCAUAAUGUUCAAAGUGCAGCUUUGUAUGACACGCAGGACUUCGUACAGGAAUGGAGACACAUUUUUUGCGCGCUAUUCGACGCUUCGAUUAGCGUGGAAUGUGAAACUACUUUCGUCAAGUAAGGCGGGCGGCAUUUUUCUGGCGCAAUACUCUGAACGUUGUUGUCGUAGAAUCAUCUUUUUUUUUUUUUUUUUUUCAUUCUCGCUGUAUAAUGUUUCAUUGAGGAUAGCUAGCAGACUAUUUCGAGCCAAAACCUGCGUGCCAAAGGAGACGUCUGAACAGCGAUCCGAAGACGGCGAGAUGACAAGCUUCGAGGGAUGGACGCCGCUUCUGCUGGUCAGAGAUAUGAUCGUUGUGGACUACGUGUGACGGAAUGAAAACGCCACUUUCCCUCUUUGCGUAUUCCCUUCUAUAUUUGGAGUACGACGAAAAAGGAGGCCAACGUCUUCGGAAUAAGAAACACGACUAUCGGCGCCAGGCUCUGGAUAAAUAAAAUAUAUAUUUACGCGUC